CUAGUCUCAGCUCACCCCGGCCAUGAUAUUCGAGCCGAAGUAGCUGAGCGCUCGGCCGUGCUCAAGAGGCUCACGCGCAAGGAUCUUAAUCACUGUGCGGCCAAAUUGAAUGCUCGCGGUAUUACGGCUCGGUCCACGAAGCGCAGAAGAGACUUAGCAGCCCAGCAUGCGAAAGGUGGGAGUCUAAUGGGCCGCACCCUGGAUAACCUUCUCAAUGAGUCCCAUCACUCUGCGGAGUACUAUACUUCAGAGACGCCGGAAAGCACCAUCUUCGCUUCGAAUAACUCGUGUGUGCUCAGCCCGGAGGUAACCGAGGGUCCUUACUACGUUUCCGGCGAGUAUAUCAGAAAGAAUGUGACAGAAGACCAACUUGGUGUCGGCCUCAUCCUGGAUAUCCAGGUCCUGGAUACAGAGACUUGCGAGCCUGUAACUGGCGCGUUUCUUGAAAUAUGGCACUGCAACUCGACGGGUGUCUAUUCGGGAGUCUCUGCGUCUGGGAAUGGCAAUAGCGCCGUGGACACAUCAAAUCUCAAUGCCACCUUCCUCCGCGGCGUCCAGGAGACCGAUUGCGAUGGUACCGUGCAGUUCGAUACGCUCUUCCCAGGUCACUAUACGGGUCGAACCACGCACAUCCACGUCAUGGUGCAUCUCAACGCGACGGCUGAAACCAACGGAACACUGCUCGAUACAAAUGCCGCCCACGUCGGACAAAUCUUCUUCGACCAAGACCUCAUCAACCAGGUGGAGGCCACAACGGUAUACGCGACCAACACGCAGACGUUGACGACAAAUGCAGAAGAUAGCAUCGCCGCUCAGGAGGCAGAGACAAGCGACCCGUUCAUGGAAUACGUGCUUCUGGGGACCGACGUGCAGGAUGGACUGCUUGGCUGGAUCAGUUUCGGCAUCAACACGACACUCAGUAAGGAGGUCACCGCUGCGGCGACGUAUUAUCAAACUGGUGGCGAGGCGAACCCGAAUGCCGGCGCCGGCGGCGGUCCGGGUGGUGCUCCCCCAAACGGCACUUUUCCCAGCGGCGCUCCUCCAAACGGCACUUUGCCCAGCAGCGCUCCUUCAAGU